GCAAUAGAAUAGCUAUCUAUAUAUACAGACACACCUCCUCCUACUCCCAAUCAUAUCCUCGAUCUUCAUUAUACUUUCCGGGGGCUGACUUUCUCAAAGUUCUCAUUUUUUUCAAAGCUUGAGAUUUUCCUGGCGAUCCAGUUCUUCCCUUCCCUUGAAACGUCCACAAAUUUUCAUUGUCAAAGAAUUGGUGAGGGGUUUGAUGGCUGUGAAAAAGAAAGGGUGUCUUGAAGGGAAUCUACCAGAGGGACUGCAGAAGUUGUUGGUUUCUUUAGCUGCAAAAUGGGGAGAUGGGCUAGAAGAUGAUGAACAUCUAGGUACCACCAUAAAGGUCAAACAUUUGACUGGUGCAAUGACUAAUCAGGUUUAUCAGAUUAGUUGGCCUGCAAAGAUGAGGGAUAGUUUGACCAGGAAAGUUCUUGUUCGGGUUUAUGGUGAAGGGGUUGACCUUUUCUUUGACAGGGAUGAUGAAAUCCGGACUUUUGAGUGCCUGUCGAACAAGGGCUAUGGACCUAAGCUUCUGGGACAGUUCCCCAAAGGCAGAAUUGAAGAGUUCAUUCAAGCCAGGACUCUAUCCGCGGAAGAUCUCCGGGACCCAAAAGUGUCUUCUCUAAUUGCAGCAAAAUUGAGGGAGUUUCAUACUCUUGAUAUGCCAGGUUCAAAGAAAGUUGUUCUUUGGGACAGACUUAGGAAUUGGCUAGACAAGGCAAAGAGUUUGUGUUCCAUGGAAGAUGCAAAAGACUUCCGAUUGGACAAUUUAGAAGACGAAAUCAAUUUUCUGGAAAAAGAGAUAACGGGCGAAUUGGAAGAGGUCGGUUUCUGUCACAAUGACUUACAAUACGGGAACAUUAUGAUCAAGGACAAUGCUAGUUGCAUUACAUUAAUCGAUUAUGAGUAUGCCAGUUAUAACCCGAUUGCUUAUGACUUCGCCAACCACUUCUGUGAAAUGGCAGCAAAUUAUCACAGAGACACUCCUCAUGUCUUGGACUACACUAUGUACCCUUGCCGAGAAGAACGCCAUAGAUUCAUACGGUCCUAUCUGAGUUCUGCAGGAAACCAACCUAUUGAAGAGGAAGUAGAGAAACUUGCAGAUAUUGCAGAGAAAUACACACUGGCAAACCACUUAUUCUGGGGAUUAUGGGGACUCAUCUCGGCCUAUGUAAACAAUAUUGGCUUUGAUUAUAUGGAAUAUGCAAGGCAAAGAUUUGAGCAGUUCUGGAUGAGAAAGCCGCAAUUGAUCAAAUGAAUGAUUAGUGAGCAGAGGAGAAGAGAAGAUUUAUAUUAACAAUGACAUUUCAUCCCCUUUUUCAUUCAUACAGAAGAUAUAUGUAGCAUGCAUGAUGUAUAGCAGUCAUACAAGUAAAUAAGCAAUUGAUGAAUGUAUGGAAAUUGUUGGUGACUUUUGGAUUUUACAAUGAAUGGAAUGUUGAAUGCUGAUUUGGCUAUCAAUUAAUAUUGGUUGGUUUCCAUUGCUGACUUAAUGUAUCUUAUGAUGUGAGUUGGUA